GUCGUUUAGCUGUAAGACGCCGCCAUCGUUUCUCGUAUAACCGUAAAGCCAACGGUGAGAAAAGGGACGCCCUGACCGGUCCCACGCAACAGCAACAGUAGCACCAGAAUAAAAGGUCAAGGCACCGCUUUACGCGCUCAAAAGAAUAAGUGGAUAUUUCUGCCCAUGAUCGAAGCACAGCAACCCAUUCUCACCGUCGACGCCGCUUUCCAUUCCGGGCAGGACGAACAAACGCCGCAGAAAAAAGAAGCCAGAAUAGAAGGCCACAGAAUGCGCCAAUUAAUGGUCUCACUAGGGGCUGGUCUCUCUGACUGUCUCUUUUUGUCAGCCCCCGAGCCGCCAGGAAAAACAAAAACCGACUUACUCGAGUCACUGACCGAAAGAAGAACCAACUGAAAAAAGUGGCCAGGGGUCUCUCUCUCGCCUCGAUGUUCCCGACCCAUGUGGAGACUCCAAUGCCUUGGACUUUUUUUUUUUUUUUUUUUUUUUUUUUUUCCCUUAUUUCCCUCGCGUGCUCGUCGCGUUUCCAUCUCCAGCUAGCCAGUCUAGGAACUUUUCCUUUGCUCUCGCGAUUCGCGUUGGCAGAAAUACGACUUCCGGUCUAGCGUUGCUUCGCUGACGGCGGUUGGAGCCACCGACUCCGUGCGCAGAAUCACAUCAUCACAUCACUCGUGGGCUCUUGUUUUAUCGCCGGCGGUAAGGGAAAUUGAUCCAGGGCUCACGUCGAGGCAGGUCGAGUGACUCCGUUGCGCUGCGGGUACAGGGUUGGGCGUUGCGUGUAAUACUGCGCAGAAUGUACCUCCACGAACGAAGCGAGCAGUUUCAGCUGCCGUGAGUGAGUUAUUUGCCACUUGGUGGCCUGAUGUCCGAGAUACUUCCUGCGGUGAGAUUGGUGACGACGAUGCCGGGUUAGCAGCGUGCAAGUGCUGGAUCUGAAAUGAGAAGAGCAACACUGCAUACUCGCUGUAUAAUCAGUUUAUAUGCAUGUUUAUCGAGUGCAGUCUAGUACCUGGCGUAGUGUUGCAACUUGUGUUUGCAUGCCAUCCACCAUCUUACCCGGGACCUGAAAUUCAAUUCAUCGAUUUCAUACUCUUGUCUCAUAAAUCUGUAGCAGCUUUACUCUCAACUACAUGGUCAACUCCUGUCUCACACAACACAUGUCCUCCACGCCAUAUCCAAGACACAAACCUGUCUCUCCACAAGACAUUUCACAAUAAAACACUCCAUACUGUAGCACUACGCAACUCUGCAACCACCCGGAAUUAAGCAUAAUACAACACCCCAACUAUACACGUAACACGUAAACUCAAACCCGCCACAAUUCUUCUAGAAUGCAUACAUUGUA